CUUUAUGCCACGUCGCCCUCCAUUUUGAAAGCCGUAUUGAUGCCAGAAAUCAAGAGUUUUAUCUAGUCUUGAAGCAUUCCACCUUUUUGAAAUGAGUUCGUUAUCAAUCUUCUCAGUUCUGUUUUUAGUUUCGUUAAGUUAUUUUCCUUAUGUAAGCUCUAUUUCGUUCACUUUACCGCCUGGACAAGAGAAGUGUCUGCGAGAGGAAGUGCACAAAGAUGUCUUAGUGACCGGCGAGUACAAGCUGUCGGCCGCUCCACACAUGAAAACGCACUUGACGGUAAGUGAUUCAACUGGACACGUCUUGUACAAGAAGGAAGAUGCAACCAAAGGGAAAUUUGCAUUUACAACAGAUGACUACGAUAUGUAUAAAGUUUGCUUGGAGAGUGAAGGGACAGCUGGAGCUGGAAUUGAUCGUGAGGUUUUUCUGAAUGUCAAGCAUGGUGUAGAAGCAAAGAAUUAUGAAGAUUUAGCUAAGGCUGAAAAGCUUAAGCCAAUGGAAGUGGAACUCAAGAGGCUGGAAGAUUUAGGUGAUGCCAUUGUAAAUGAUUUUGCUUACAUGAGACAGAGAGAACAAGAGAUGAGGGAUACUAAUGAAUCUACAUAUUCCAGAGUUUUGUACUUCAGUGUUUUCUCCAUUUUAUGUCUCUUUGGUCUAGCAACAUGGCAACUUUUCUACUUACGACGAUUCUUUAUUGCCAAGAAGCUCAUAGAGUAAUUUUUCAAAAGGAUUUUAACAAUUGAUGCCACUUCAAAGUUUACUUCUGUGCAAGGUCAUGAUAUUGUGUGACAUUUUGAAAAUCUCAUUGGCUGGCUGGAAGUGAACAGUUUCUCAGGGGUUAUUUCUGGUAAACCCCUAAUUAUACUCAACUAACUUGAGUAAAGAGUACUGUUUCAAAGUGUGCUAAAUGCUUGAACUUUUUUACAACUACUAUCUUGGUGUCAGUACCCUUUAAACUUUAAUAUUCUUGGUGGUUGUACAUUUGGUUUUGAUCUUUUGUCAGGUUUUGUGUUUAGAAGGAGGUGAAACAGAUAGCUAGUGUACCAAUUGAUUUGAUUUAAGCAGUGUUGGCCAACAUUAGUAGGCAGUAUGAACAGUAAGAACCUGUCAUUAACAAUUAAACACUGAAGUAAAUUUGGAAAAUGCUUUUUUGAGAAUUAACCAUUUAUAUGGGGCCAAUUGCUUCAGAGAAAUGUCAAUGAUCAGAACACAGGCAUUCCAAAUUAAUUUUGCCACUUCCAUUAAUUAACCCCAACACACCAACUGUGCAUGAGAAAAAUACUCUCCAGCUGUCUGGAGCAAGUAGAUUUCUCUGUUGGGUAACCCUUAAACUCCCUAGAUCUGGUAUUCAAUUCUCCCCUCCAGCUACAACACAGUUCCUUGUAAAUAAGUUAUGAGAAUUUGACGUUACAUCGAGAUAAAUUCCAGCUAAUAAGUUUGAGUAUUCUCAAUACUUGUUUGCUGGAUAAUGUCUGGGUUUUAUAGGGAGAAGUUAAGGAAGACGACAAGUUAAGGGUCAAAAAAUAGUAUGGAUAAUACUUGGUGAUCAGAUAUGGUAAAUUUGUUGAUACAUUUAUACCUUCUAACAUAGUUUCAUUGCACUCAAAGAGAUAUACUCCUGGGCCCAGUUGUUUAAAGGCCAAUUAACACUAAUCCAAGCUUACAUUGUAAUCUGGGUUUCUUUGCUCCCAUCUUCCAAAGUCUUUUCAGGAUAGUUUUAUCUAUUUAGAAGAUCCUUAAUCAAUUUCUAGGUAAACAGAAUUCCUAUAUACUUAUUCUUUUUUUCAAAGCUUCAAAUCUGAAAUUAGAUUUCAAACUAACCCUGGAUUAUCUGAACUCAGCUUUGAACAACCUAGAUCAAUGAAGUGCAGUUGAUUAAAUACCGAGGGAGUACCCUGUUAAAUACAAAUUUUUAUUGACCUUGAAAAGAAACAAUAUUCUACUAGUUCCAAUUUGCCUUUCACAGAAUCUACAUGAAACAGCAGAAUUUUACUGUCUCUCAUUAAAGACAAUUUGAUCAAAAUGAUCUGUGGUAAAUAUGAUUUGAUUGUUCAUUAAAUAACAUUAAUCUUG